UCGGACAAAAGUUACGAUGGUGGCCAAUUUGUUAUUAGAGGAGGACGUUCCCGGGGCAAAGUUUGUUCACGCCUCUGUAGAGGAACACACAAAUAUUCAGUUAAAAAGGUGGUUGAAAUGUCGGGGUCUUCCUACUUCUGGAAAACGACCGGAUUUAAUAGAAAGAUGUCAGAAUGCUGUAAACAACAACGUGAAAAUUGAUCUGAAAGUUGACGAUGGUAAAUGGCUGAAUCUUAAAAAGAAUCCAACGCCUGCUGAAUCCCAAGUUCCCUAUGUUCCAAUUCAAGGCUGGAAGAAGUUUCCAUCUGUAUCUAUACCAAAACAUUUUAAUCAUGGGUAUAUCUACUAUUACCUUGUGGAAGUAGCAUCAGUAGAGCGUGACUCAAACAGGUCUGAUGAUGACUGUGAAGAUGAUGUACAUACUAGCAAACCAUUUACUAAGGGUAUGAAUCUCUUUAGGAGUGGUCAUGUGAAAAACAUACAAGAUCAACCUGGUCGAAAUGCAGGACAACUUGUUUUCUGUUUCCCGCCAACAUCGUUUCAAGGCAACCAGUUCAGGGAGGGGGUUAAAGUGAUUGAAAGAAGGAGACUGUCCUUCGUGGAGGAAAUGUAA